AUGGCUGCAAGUUCCCUUUUUGUGUCCUUUUCCGGCUUCAAACUAAAGUUUGUGUUGAUUUUUGCUACUUGCCUUAUUGGGAUAAGUUCAGCUGAGUUAUCCGCUGAUUUUUAUAAAAAAACGUGUCCAAAAGCCAUUCACACCAUUGAGGAAAUGGUGCAAGAAGCCGUGUCUAACGAGAGUCGCAUGGGGGCAUCGUUGCUCCGACUCCAUUUUCAUGACUGCUUUGUUCAAGGAUGUGAUGGAUCAGUAUUGUUAGACGACACUGACAAUUUCACUGGUGAGAAGAAAUCCUUCCCCAACGCUAACUCUCUUAGGGGUUUCGAGGUCAUUGACAAAAUAAAAUCUAAAUUGGAGGCCAUAUGCCCUGGUGUUGUCUCUUGUGCUGACAUCUUAGCCGUUGCUGCCAAAGAAUCUGUUGUUGCUCUUAAAGGACCAAAAUGGGAUGUACUAUUAGGCAGAAGAGAUUCAACCACAGCAAGUUUAAAUGAAUCUAAUUCAGACUUACCUGCUCCCUUUUUGGAUCUUAAUGGUCUCAUCAGUGCUUUCGCCAAGAAAAAUUUCAGUACAGCGGAAUUGGUUACUUUAUCAGGAUCUCACACAAUUGGCCUAGCGAGGUGCGUUACUUUCAGAACAAGGAUUUAUAACGAAAGCAACAUAGAUUCCUCAUUUGCAAACCAAACCCAAGCACAGUGUCCCUUCCAGGGUGGUGACGACAACUUGUCUCCUUUCGAUCCCACAACUGAGUUCACAUUUGACAAUAAUUACUACAAGAACUUGAUGCAGCUAAAGGGUCUGCUACACUCUGACCAACAACUCUUCACGAAUAAUGGAUCCACAAACUCUCAAGUAUCUAGAUAUAGCAGAAGCAUGGCAGAUUUCAAAAAGGACUUUGCAAAAGCAAUGCUUAAGAUGAGCAUGAUUACCCCACUAACUGGAACCGAUGGUGAGAUCAGGAAAAACUGUAGGAUGGUCAAUACUCAAUCAACCACUUUCUCGUGA